AUGGACAAGCCCUGCAAGCCCUGUUUCCAAACGAUCAUCGGAGGAGCCAUCAAGACCUUUGUCGAUGCCAAGGCCAUUGAAGUUGCUUGCAGUACCACCAGCACUCCCAUGGAAGAGUGUAUCAAGGUCUCGGAGAACAUGGACACCUAUUCUUGUCGUGAGUGUCUUGGCAUCACUGCUGCCAUUGUUCCCUUCAACUUCUCCACCAUGAUCCUGCUCUGGUCUUUCCCCAUGGCUACCAUCACCAGGACCACCCUCAUCCUCAAGCCUUCUAAGCGAGUCCCCGGCAUCUCUAUGAUCAUCGCAGAGCGCUGCGAAUCUGCAGGAACGCCCCAGAGGGGGGUAAUGUCAUGGGCCUGGAUGCGCAGGAAGCAAGAAGACCUGUCAAGUCAUAUGAAGGGAGUGUGGGAAUCGAGGGAUCAGGCAAAUUGUGGGACUUGUGGUGGAGUUCACCAAGAUCUGUAG